ACAAAUUAACAAGUUUUUAGGUUUGAAAUCUGAAAAUGGCGCCAAAAUCGUACCAACCCCACCCAAAUCCAAUUUUACCCGAAUGGCACAAGUCAGUUAAUCGAUCAGUAAUCCGGAACUAAGCUGGGGUGACUUUGGUAUGGUGCUGGAUUUAAAUCGAAGCCAGCACCAUUCCAGAGUCAUGCAGGGUAGGAACUGGAUUUUUAUUCGAUUAACCGACUUGUACCAUUUAGACCUAUAGACACGCCCAUUUCAAGAAUUUUCCAACAUCCCCGAAAAUUCGAGUCCGAAAUUUUGGAUAAUCCACUAGAAGUCUCCAGUUCUAAACUUUGAGGUUAUGUCAGCUACCAGUCAUUUUGGUAUAUAAACCACUGGUAGCAAUGAGAAUCAAUCUCAAAUUAAGUUUUAGUCAUCAACAAGGCACAUCUACAGAAACAUACAAUUUUAGUGCUUUUUUAAUUACCAAAAAAAAAAGAUUUUUACCAAAAAAUUAUUCAAAUUUUACCAAAUUAAAGUUUUAUAAAUUAAAAAAAUAUGGAUCAAGUACAAAAGCAACAAAACUGCCCAGUCUGCAUGGAAAAAAUGGUAAAAUCAGUCAAAACCGAAUGUAAUCAUGAGUUUUGUGUCAAGUGCUUGUUCAAGUGGGUCUUCCUGUGCGUCGAUGAGCGUGAAAAGAUCGACUGUCCAUUGUGCCGUCAAACAGUUUGGAUGAAUAACUUGAAGUGGAUCAAACCUGAGGAAAAUAAGGAAAUUAGAGUUGAAUCUAGUUGAAUUUGAGAUUUGAGAGUAGAGGAGUAGCUGUGGCAGGAGUUAAAGCCAGUGCUGCUCGAACUUUACAAGCUGUAAAGAAAUUCUGGUUUACUGACACACUCAGGGAUAGAAUUGAGGAUCAAAAAAGCUUCCUGGAUCAUAGUUUGCUGAUGUAAAGGCUUGCGGCUGUCAGGAUCAUGAGCAAGAGAUCCUGGAUAGCUGACAUCUUAUUUAUCAUCAAUUCUGGUGCUGUAUUAUGCAACAUUCAGUUGCAAUCAAGUA